GUAUUAAAACAAUUUGCCCAGGGACACCCAGCAAGGUCAUGGCGGUGGGUUCAACCCUAGUCCACCGAAUCCAGCGCCCUUUCCACGGGGCCACUCUGCCUCAUCUGUCAAGGGAGGGGGCUGAACUCUGGGAUUAGUGAAGGGAGGGACUGGAAAUUCUUUUUCUUUGCUGUGCUUUCUUUCUUUCUUUUGUUAAUCAGUCAGUCUCUUCUGCACCAUCCAGGUCAGAGCUAACAAGUGUUCAGAAGUUAAGUCAUGGAUCAACCUACGCGGAAAGAAAAAUCCAAAGUUAAAGAACCUGUCAGCAGAGUUGAGAAGGCCAAGCAGAAAUCAGCCCAGCAGGAGCUGAAGCAAAGACAAAGAGCAGAGAUCUAUGCCCUCAACAGAGUCAUGACAGAACUGGAGCAGCAGCAGUUCGAUGAGUUCUGUAAACAGAUGCAGCCUCCUGGAGAGUGAGCUGUCCCCGCGCACAGAACCAGACAAGCCCCCCCGAGGCUGGCUUUUUCCAUGUGGUUCCUGUUUCCCUGAGAUGGUCCGCUUGGAACCUUACAGAACUAGACAAGAAGAUGUUUGCAUUAUUCCGGAACUGGGAUAAAUCUGAACUUCCCGUAUGUCACUUCUGCUUCACUGGUUCCUUCAGUCUGAAUUGGCCCAGUGCUUGCUGAAGAGACUUGUUUCGUUCUUAUAUGACAACAGAUUCUUUUUUUUUUUUUUUAACUUUUUUCUAUUGCUUGAGAAAAAUCAGCAUUUCUCAUGAAACUGUAGAUCUUCUCCAAAAAUAUAAAUAAAAUACUAAGAAAAUGUC